AUGGCGGAGGUGGCUGUGAUUAAUUCGGAACGGGCAGGGGGACCCGAACCGGACUCCGAUGCGGCGUUAUUCCAUCGGAAGAUCGAAUUUCACGUGGCGAGGAGGCCUUUCAAUGGCUUUAGAAAUAACAGCACUGACGGGUUUAAGCUGGUUACAUUGAACCCUAGCGCGGACACCCAUAAAGCUUCGGGCUCGGGCAAGAAAUGUGAAAAGCCCGUGGAUAAUUAUGAAACGGGCUUGGAUCCGGAGCUCAGUUUCGAGAUUACUUUUAGGAGAAUUGGAGCUGGCCUACGCAAUCUUGGAAAUACUUGUUUUCUUAAUUCAGUAUUGCAAUGCUUGACAUACACCGAACCAUUGGCGGCUUAUUUGCAAAGUGGGAAGCACCAAAUUUCCUGCCGUACUUCUGGCUUUUGUGCUCUUUGCGCUAUUCAGAAGCAUGUGAGCCGUGCUCUACAGUCAACUGGGAGAAUUGUGGAGCCCAAAGAUCUUGUUUCCAACUUGCGAUGUAUAUCUCGAAAUUUUCGAAUUGCGAGGCAAGAAGAUGCACAUGAGUACAUGGUGAAUUUGCUAGAAUCAAUGCACAGGUGCUGCUUGCCAUCUGGAGUUCCUAGCGAAUCACCUGGUGCUUAUGAGAAAAGUUUAGUUCAUAAGAUAUUUGGUGGUCGUCUAAGGAGUCAGGUGAAAUGUAUGCAGUGUUCCUACUGCUCCAACAAGUUUGACCCCUUCUUGGAUUUAAGUCUAGAAAUAGUGAAAGCAGAUUCACUACUUAAGGCUCUUGCUCAUUUCACUGCCAAAGAGCAGUUAGAUGGGGGUGCCAAGCAGUACCACUGUGAGCAAUGCAAACAGAAAGUUAGGGCCCUCAAGCAACUAACGAUUCACAAAGCGCCUCAUGUGCUUACUGUUCACCUAAAACGAUUCGGUUCUCAUGCACCUGGUCAGAAAAUUGAUAAGAAGAUUGCCUUUGGACCUACUUUGGACUUAAAACCAUUUGUAACUGGCCCCAAUGAUGGGGAUCUAAAUUACACUCUGUAUGGUGUCCUUGUUCAUGCUGGUUGGAGCACUCGUUCUGGCCACUACUACUGCUUCGUUCGCACCUCAAGUGGCAUGUGGUAUUCCCUGGACGACAAUCAGGUUGUCCAAGUGAGCGAGAGAAGUGUUCUUGAACAGAAAGCGUAUAUGUUGUUUUAUGUCCGGGAUAGGAAAAGAUUUAUCCCAAGGAAACCUGUCAACGUCAUCCAGAGAGAAAACAUGGUUAUGAGCGUCAUUGAAAAUGAAGCAUAUUCAAAACUCAACAUGGAGUUGAAAGAAAAAAUUCAAAAUGGCGCAAUGGAGAAAAGAAUUGACCGUUCUGCCUCAGUGACUUUAUCUGGAAGAGAUCCACUGGUCUUGGGUGCACUAAAGGGGACUCCUCACAACAAGACGACUUUCCUCACUGGAAACCUCACUGGAAACGGCUCAUUAUCUGUUGGUAAUCUGGGCCAUAAGAGGGUCCCGCAGACUGAAAAUUCAUCGCUAGUGCCACCAUUAAAGGAGCAGGUGAAGGAUCACGAUAUUAUGAAUGUUAAUGCUGUGGACGAUAAAGAGGGCUCAAUUGCUACUGGCGGGGGCUCUGUUGAUACUCAUAGUCUGAAUCGCGCUGCUGAAAUUGCUCCCAGCAGCAACAGUGCAAGUGUUUUAGAGGACACGAAUGCAUCAGGUGCUAAAUUACCUGAACGCAUUGUACCACAGGAUUCGGUUGACAAGAAAGAACCCAUAGAUUUUGCUGUCACACCAUCUACUAGUGAAAAGGAAAUUGCUAUGGAAAGUUUGUGUAAAAUGAACGGUGCCGACUCUGGAGUGGUAUUUUCGGCUCUUUUACCGCCUUACAAUAUUACCAUUUUAUCAGCUGGAGACCCCUCUGAGAAGAUUGGUAACUCAACCAUUGAAGACAAUCAUGAAAAUGGGAAGAGAGUAGAAGCUGUGCAGUUAGGGUUGUCUUCAAGCCCACUAGCCACAACACAACGUGAGGAAACUAAGAAGAAAAGGCCUGAGCUGAAAGUGAAACGGAGACUUUUCAAGUGUCAUCUUCGCACCACCUCAUUCACUUCCAACAUUAUAUUUGGUGUAGGGCUUGGUAUGCGUAAAAAGAAGCUUAAGAAGGUAAGAGAAAUGCAAAAGAAAAAUCUGAAACACGUGUUGGGUGCGAAUGAUUUACCCUCGAGCCCUGGGCCAUCUUUUGCUAAUAGAUCAUCACCUUUGCUUGAUGAUUCUGGUUCUCGCCCUCAGAAAAGGAACUCCAAAUUUGGCUCAGAUGGUAAAAAUCAGAAAUUGAGCGUACAGAAUGUGAGUCGAGAAGGCAGUAGUAUAUUGAGUGAUGUCAUCAAAAAUGGUUUUAGAGAGAGAGUUUCUGAUGGCACCACACCUGCCGAGAAAUUACUAAAAAGAAAUCCGAUAAAUGUGAUGAGCAUGCUGACCAGAGGCUUAGAAGAGACAACUGUUGCUCGUUGGGAUGGUAUUGAUGCUUCCCUCUCUGAAAAGUUAGAAACAAAAGCAGCAGGGACCACUGUCCAAAUUGGUUAUGUUGGGGAUGAAUGGGAUGAAGAAUAUGACAGGGGAAAGAGGAAGAAGCUGAGAAGUGCCAAGAACGACUUUAGUGGUCCAAAUUUAUUCCAAGAAUACGCAACGAAAAAAUCGAAGCUGAAAAAGGCAAAGCUGAACAGAGCUGAGAACGAACCGUUUAGGAUAUGA